GUCCCAGAGAGCCGCGCGACCGCCACGACGCCUCCGCUGCCGCCGUCUUCUCGCGGGCUAGGGGCCCCGGGCGUUCCGGGAGAGCGAGGCGGCGCUGGGAGCCCGCGGGCGCUGCGGAGCGGGCCRGGAGGCUGGGAUGGAGCCCCCCGGAGGGGCCUGAGCGAGCGGGCCGAGCGGGCCUCCCGGCCGCGGACCGACGGCCGCGCGGACAUGGCUCACCUCCGCGGCUUCGCGCACCAGCACUCUCGUGUGGACCCUGAGGAGCUCUUCACCAAGCUUGACCGCAUUGGCAAGGGCUCAUUUGGGGAGGUGUACAAAGGCAUCGACAACCAUACUAAGGAGGUGGUGGCCAUCAAGAUCAUCGACCUGGAGGAGGCCGAGGAUGAGAUUGAGGACAUCCAGCAGGAGAUCACAGUGCUCAGCCAGUGUGACAGUCCCUACAUCACCCGCUACUUUGGCUCCUACCUGAAGGGCACCAAGCUGUGGAUCAUCAUGGAGUACCUGGGCGGGGGCUCUGCACUGGAUCUGCUGAAGCCAGGCCCACUGGAGGAGACCUACAUCGCCACCAUCCUGAGGGAGAUUCUGAAGGGCCUGGAUUAUCUGCACUCAGAGCGCAAAAUCCAUCGAGACAUUAAAGCUGCCAAUGUGCUGCUGUCGGAGCAAGGUGACGUGAAGCUGGCGGACUUCGGGGUGGCAGGGCAGCUCACAGACACACAGAUCAAGAGGAACACGUUCGUGGGCACCCCCUUCUGGAUGGCACCUGAGGUCAUCAGACAGUCGGCCUACGACUUCAAGGCUGACAUCUGGUCCCUGGGCAUCACGGCCAUCGAGCUGGCCAAGGGGGAGCCGCCCAACUCUGACCUCCACCCCAUGCGCGUCCUGUUCCUGAUCCCUAAGAACAGCCCGCCCACRCUGGAGGGCCACCACAGCAAGCCCUUCAAGGAGUUCGUGGAGGCCUGUCUCAAUAAGGACCCCCGUUUUCGGCCCACAGCCAAGGAGCUGCUGAAGCACAAGUUCAUCACUCGCUACACCAAGAAGACCUCCUUCCUCACUGAGCUCAUUGACCGCUACAAGCGCUGGAAGUCGGAGGGGCAUGGCGAAGAGUCAAGCUCCGAGGACUCUGACAUUGAUGGCGAGGCUGAGGACGGGGAGCAGGGCCCCAUCUGGACGUUCCCUCCAACCAUCAGGCCGAGCCCACAUGGCAAGCUGCACAAGGGGACCGCCCUGCACGGCUCCCAGAAGCCUGCAGAGCCUGUCAAGAGACAGCCAAGGUCCCAGAGCCUGUCCACGCUGGUCCGGCCUGUGUUUGGAGAGCUCAAAGAGAAGCACAAGCAGAGUGGCGGGAGCGUGGGUGCCCUGGAGGAGCUGGAGAACGCCUUCAGUCUGGCUGAGGAGUCCUGCCCUGGCAUCUCCGACAAGCUGGUGGUGCACCUGGUGGAGCGAGUGCAGAGGUUCUCUCACAGCAGGAACCACCUGACGUCCACCCGCUGAGCACCGGGUCACUCUUCAUGGAGAGCCGGUGCUGCGUCUCUGUCCUGAGCUGCAGAAGGUCCGUGCUGAGCUGGAAGCCCCCUCGUGCUGUGCUGUGACUGUCAGGGCAUGCCAGCCUGCAGGCCUCACCACCUGGUUGUCCUCCCCCUGCUCCCUACCCUGUCCCCCACUCUCCUGGCCUGGCUGAAGCUACACCCAGCAGCAGGGAGCCCGUGGAGACCAGGCAGCCAGUGGGGCUGUCUUGGCCAUCUCGGGUUUCCCUGAGCUGGCCCAGCCCUCCACAUUCAGCCCUAGGUGGCCAGACCAAGGAGCAGAGCGGCYGACAGCUCUGCCUCCUCCCCGCUCAGGUGGGCAGGAAGUGUCAGGACACCUAGCCUGGGACACACCGUCCUUGGAGUCAUGGUGACCAUGUGGCCCUAGACCUGCCUGUGGUGCCAGGCAGGUGCUGUCUCCUCAUGAGUAUUUGUGUCAUCAGAYGUGUUGUUUUUUAAGAAAACCAAGUUUCUUGUUCCCUUCAGUGCUGUGAGGAUACGUGUUGAAGGCCCUGCCGCUCUCUGUUGUUAAUAAAGACCU